GCUUGUUAGCUCCGGUUCAAACUUUUCAGCGUUGCCCUUGACUGACCCACGUGAGUUAGUCUAGCUUCCUGUAGCCUCAUGGUGCAAGUCAGUAGCUUAAAUAACUAGCUACAUUAAGAGAGAAACUGACUUAAAACCGCCGAUAAAUCUACAUUUUCAGCCUAAAAGCUGCUUUGAUACCCGGCUAGGCUAGGCUAGGCUAGGCUAAGCUAACAUGUCCCGUCACAGCAGGUCUGUGUUGUUUCUAUUGCAGCGGUGUGUCGCAGUUAGACAGGUAACGUUACCGACAGGUAUCACAACAAGAUACAGCAGCAGCAGCAGCUUGUUGUCGGGCAGCUGUGGCUUCAUCCAGCAGCGGACAUGGACAUCCACAAGCCGGGCAGUGAGUCAGCUCCAGGCCGCUGUGAGGAGCAGCCAGGUCGGCUUCUGUACCAAGACAGGAGAACAUGAUGACAGUGAAUACCCUCCUCUGUCGGAUUACCCGUCUAAUCCAGUGCCGGAGAUGAAGGAGGUGCACGUCGUCCAUGUUAGAGGGCUCCCUUGGACCUGCACGGCGCAGGACCUCCUGCAGUUCUUCUCAGAUUGUAGGAUCCGUGACGGCGAGUCGGGGAUCCACCUCACUGCGAAACGUAACGGGAGGCCGACGGGACAGGCCUUCAUCGAGAUGGAGCACGAGGAGGACGUGAGCAAAGCUCUGGAAAAGCACCUGCACUACCUCGGUCCCCGAUACGUAGAAGUGAGUGAAGUGACGGACAGCAGGGCUGAAGCGCUCAUGAAGGAGGUGGUUCAGCCUUCGUCUGAAGACGGAGUGGUGCGCCUCCUGGGCCUCCCCUUCUCCAGCACCGAGGACGACAUCGUCCAGUUUUUUGCAGGUUUGGAUAUCAUGGAGAACGGGAUCACCAUCGUGUUAGACGGCAAAGGGAGAAACUCCGGAGAGGCCUUUGUGCAGUUUUCCUCUCAGCAAGUAGCUGACGAAGCUCAGCUGAGAGACAGACAGUUCAUGGACACAAGGUACAUCAAGGUGAUUCCCAGCAGGAGAGACCAGAUUUAUACUAGUUGGAAAACGAGGUCGAGUGUCAUGAACCCUCAGCUAGAGAGCAGCAACAGACCUGUUUCAGCUCCACCAAGGACCCCUCCAUCAUGGUCUGCUCCAUCAUGGUCUGCUCCACCAGGGCCCCCUUCUUCAAGACCCCCUCCAUCAUGGUCUGCUCCACCAGGGCCCCAUUCAUCAUGGUCUGCUCCACCAGGACCCCCUUCUCCAGGACCCCAUUCAUCAUGGUCUGCUCCACCAGGACCCCCUUCUCCAGGACCCCCUCCAUCAUGGUCUGCUCCACCAGGACCCCCUUCAUCAUGGUGUGCUCCACCAGGACCCCCUUCUCCAGGACCCCCUCCAUCAUGGUCUGCUCCACCAGGACCCCUUUCUUCGUGGUCUGCUCCACCAGGACCCCCUUCUCCAGGACCCCCUCCAUCAUGGUCUGCUCCACCAGGGCCCCCUUCUUCAGGACCCCCUCCACCAGGGCCCCCUCCAUCAGAGGCCCCUCUGAGCUCGGCCUUGCACCAUCACCACGUCCACAUGAGAGGACUUCCUUUCAAUACGUCUCCACGAGACAUUGUGAAGUUCUUCUCUCCUCUGGUUUUGACUAAAAUCGUGUUUGAUUGCCGUGACGGGAAGCUGUGCGGAGAGGCCGGCGUUUACUUCGAGAGCCACCAGGACGCCCUGAGCGCCAUGUCCAAAAACAGAAUGCUCAUCGAAGGACGAUACAUCGAGUUAUUCCUGAACUCUCCUGAAUGAAAGGAGGUGAAUUUCAACAGAUGCCAAACACACAAAUAUAUAUAACAGGACUAUUUAAUUUAUCUCCCAGCCUGAACUGGACAUCAAAUAAUAAACAAUUCUGGUGUCAAAUGAAAAA